AUAAUUGCUGUUAAUGAUUACAGUCAUGAUAAGCAGCAGAGGUGGCAUUUAUUGAUGGCAACUCUGUCUGAGGUCCCAGUUGAUCUCCAAGUGCUGGAGCAAGAGGAGGAGAACGUGGAAGCUUUGGAUUUGAAACAGAUUAGACGCUGUCAGAAGUACAUAGAGAGGAAGCAGAGGACCUCCAGGCAUCAGAGGCGACAUGAAGCGAACGGCAGCGACGCAGUAUGUGGUGACCAGACCGCUGUACUCAGAGGAAGCCUUUGCUGAAGAGCACGAGAAGGUCUACAGACAACGCAAAACCAUCCUGGACCACAUCAAGCAAUACUUCACAUGGGAUGCCAAAAGAGCCAAGAACGCAGCCCUGUCCCUUCUGCCGAUCAUUGGCUGGGUGAAAAUCUACCAGAUCAAACAGUGGCUGCUCGGUGACAUCGUGUCUGGCAUCAGCACUGGACUGGUGGCUGUCCUGCAAGGUCUGGCUUACUGUUUACUGGCCUCUCUUCCGGUCCGGUAUGGACUCUUCUCUGCCUUCUUUCCUGUUAUCAUCUACUUUUUCCUUGGCACCUCCAGGCACAUCUCAGUGGGUCCAUUUCCAGUCUUGUGUCUGAUGAUUGGGUCGGUGGUCACCAGACUCGUCCCAGAUGGAGGGUUGGCCAUGAACAUCACAGGACUUGAAGGGCUGACAAUAGACGAGCAGAGAGUGGUGGUGGCCUCCUCUGUGACCUUUCUGGCCGGUAUCAUCCAGCUGGCCAUGGGUGUUCUACAGGUGGGCUUUGUUGUCAUGUACCUGUCUGACACUCUGGUGUCUGGGUUCACCACAGCAGCUGCCAUCCACAUCCUGGUGUCCCAGCUCAAGUUUGUGUUGGGGUUGCAAGUCCCAGGAAUCAGUGGACCGCUGUCCAUCAUAUAUACCCUGGAGAUCAUCUUUAACAAGAUCACUUCCACCAAUGUCUGUGAUGUGGUAAUCGCCCUGGUGAUCAUGGUGGUGGUGUUCAUCGUCAAGGAGCUUAAUGACAGAUAUAAAUCCAAGCUGCCUGUGCCAAUCCCGAUAGAGGUUAUCAUGACUGUGAUUGCAUGUGGAGUUUCAUAUGCAUUCGACUUCAGGGCAAGAUAUGGCAUUAACACUGUCGGCGAUAUUCCAGAAGGGUACGAAACUCCGAUGGCCCCAAACCUGCACAUCAUCCAGCUGACAGCAGGGGAUGCGGUUCCUAUGGCCAUAGUGGGUUUUGCUGUGGCUUUCUCCGUGGCAAAAGUCUACUCUGUAAAACAUGAUUACACCAUAGAUGGAAAUCAGGAGCUGAUAGCCUUUGGAGUCAGCAACAUCUUUGGAGCUUCCUUUAGGUCUUUUGCGGCGAGUACAGCUCUUUCCAGGAGUGCAGUGCAGGAGAGCACAGGGGGUAAAACUCAGGUGGCUGGUUUACUUUCAGCUAUCAUAGUGAUGAUCGUCACUUUGUCUGUUGGAUUCCUACUGGAUCCACUACCAACGUCUGUGCUGGGAGCUGUGGUCAUUGUCAACUUGAAGGGCAUGCUGAUGCAGUUCAGAGAGGUGCCUUACCUGUGGAGGAGGGACAAACCCGACUGUGUGGUGUGGCUGGGUACCUGUAUUUUAUCCAUCUUUUUGGGGCUGGAUCUUGGAUUAGCAGCAGGCCUUGGUGUGGAGCUGAUCAGUGUCGUUCUGAGGACUCAGUUCCCUCGCUGCAGUGUACUGGUCAACAUCAAGGGAACAGACAUCUACAAAGACAGAAAGGACUACACCAAUAUAUAUGAUCCAGAAGGAGUGAUGAUCUUCAGGAUCCCAUCACCUAUCUUUUUUGCCAACAUUGAGUUCUUCAGGACCAAGCUGGUGGAAGCUCUUGGGUUUAACCCACUGAGAGUGUUGAGGAAGAGGAAUAAAGCAGUGAGGAGGAUUCGGAAACUUCUGAAGAAAGGGGAAUUGCAGUGGACAUCCACAGGUUUCCUGAAUACCUCAUUUAAACCAAUCAAAGAAUCAGAGGAUGAGAGCAACAUGGAGGAGUUGGACCUGCCGACUGACUUCAAGGACCUUCCUGCCAGGAUCGACUGGAAUGCAGAGCUUCCUGUCAACCUGAGUGUUCCCCCAGUGGAGAUCCACAGCUUGAUCCUGGACUUUGCUGCCGUCUCCUUCCUGGACAUCUCCGCUCUGACAGGACUCAAAACAUUGCUGAGAGAACUGAUCCGGGUUGAAGUCGACGUCUAUAUUGUGGCUUGUGAUUCUUACAUCCUGGAGAAACUUCAUGACUGUUCCUUCUUUGAUGAUGAAGUUCAACCAUCGAUGUUCUUCCUGACACUCCAUGAUGCUAUGCUGCACAUCCUGGAGAAACAUCCAGAAUCUACUGAAAAGAAAUCGGAUCACGACAUGAUAAUAACAACAGUGACAGUCCACAACCCCAGGGUCAGUUUGAGGAGCAGAGAUAAAAAUGCUCCAGAACCAGAAACCAAGUUCUAACUUCAGAAUGAGAAGAUGAUUACCUCUGGGAGAAAACUCAGAAAAUACCAAAGACUGAAAUGAGAAAAUAUUUUACAGAUAAUGCUGUUUAAUAACUUAUAUAAUGAAUAAUGAGACAUUGUUAUUAAUUUAGGUUUACAUGUAACAUAAUAAUAAUAAUAAUCAUGAAUACUGAAAUGUAAGAAAGACUUCAUGCUAUUGUUUUUAUACUGUACAUAGUGAAUUUGUAAACAAUUUUGGUGCAAUAUAUUUUACAUGUUGUAUAGUUAUAUUUUCAUGAUAAUGGAACUAAAUAAACCUUUUUCCACAGUG